CAUAUUUCAGAUGAGCUCUAACCGCUGUAGAUCCAGAUGUUUUGCUGCUCAAUGACACUCCUCUGUUUUUGUUUCAUUGAAACAAAGAGACUCAGGCAGCCUUCUUCUUUGUUUAUAAAUCGGAAGGUUUAUGAUAGUUACUAUUAAGGAGAUUAUUUGGGUUCCCUAAUCUCCAAUCUGAGGAUUAACUGAGGCCAUUGGUGUGUCCAGAUUACCGUGUCUCCUUUCCAGGCCCCUCUAUUGAAGCCCCUUGAUUGAGCUGAAGUUCCGAGAACCAACAUGGAGGACUCUUCCAUGCCACCCAUCGACCCUGAUUUUGAGCCCCAGAGUAGACCCCGCUCCUGCACGUGGCCGCUCCCGAGACCUGACAUCUCUGCUGUCAAAGCGGAGGGGGCGGACGGGGCCGAGUCCGCCGCUGGGACCCCGCCCGCAGCCGACGAGGACAAGCCCGAACCGCAGCAAAUCACCUCCGAGCCAGAGAAAGCUGCCGCGGCGGCUGCAGCGGAGGAGGGCGGCGCCGUGAUGGGUGUGGGUGGAGCCGGAGCGACGCCCCGCAAAGGAUCCUCCCGGCGCAACGCGUGGGGGAACCAGAGCUACGCUGAUCUGAUAAGCCAGGCCAUAGAGAACUCGCCGGAAAAGAGGCUGACCCUGGCUCAGAUCUAUGACUGGAUGGUGAAAACUGUGCCUUACUUCAGAGACAAGGGAGACAGCAACAGCUCUGCAGGAUGGAAGAAUUCAAUCCGCCACAACCUAUCACUCCACAACAAGUUUCUGAGGGUGCACAAUGAAUCUACUGGAAAGAGCUCCUGGUGGAUGCUCAACCCCGAAGGAGGAAAGACGGGAAAGGCGCCUCGUCGCCGAGCCGUUUCCAUGGAUAACAGCAGCAAACUGCUGAAGAGUCGCAUGAGAGCCAAACAGACCAAGAAGCAGGCCGGGGCCGCUGGCGCCGGGGGGGAUGCUGGCGCCGGUUCGGCAGGUGCAGACAGCCCAAACUCAUCACAGCAGUUUCCUAAAUGGGGUGUGAACAACAGCAGCCCUUCUUCUCGUGGCAGCCUGGAUGAUGCCGACAUGUGGACCACUUUUCGCCCUCGCACAAGUUCCAACGCCAGCACCCUGAGUGGACGUUUGUCCCCCAUCGCACCCGGCCAAGAAGAUGAUGACACCCUCCCCGACGACAGCCUGCUGGGGAGAUACGCCUCCAGUAGCUUGACCCCCACACUCACUGAGACAGUCAUGGAGGAGCUGGAUCUGAUCGACAACCUCACCUUAAUGACAGGGCAGCAGGGCGCCGCCAGUCCAAGCACAGCACCACCGGCGCCUCCCACUCCGCUGCCUUCUGCCUCCACCCUGCUGCCACGGGGAUCCAGCUUCCCUUCCUUCCAUCAGCUGCAGGCUACCAGCAUGGCGCAGGCCCCCGCUCACACCGGGGCCCAGGCCUCUGUUUCUCUGUGUGGCCCAACCAGCAAAGAGCCGACCACCUUCAGCAACUCCCUCUUCAACCCCAUGUCCAGCUCCAGCUCCCAUGGAAGCAGCCAUUACAGCAGCCAUGUUCCCUCCAGCCUGGAGGCGCUGCUCACCUCUGACUCUCCUCCUCCCAAUGACGUUUUGAUGACCCAGGUCAGCCCACUUCUGACUAACUCUGGAAGUUUGAGCCAGAUGGGUUUGGGUGUUAGACCCAAACCCAACCAGCUACAGCUGAACAAAGGGCUGGAGCCCAACACUGUGGCACCAAUGGCGAUGCAGAGCCAGAUGCAGCCUCAGCAGCAUCAUCUCCACCACCAGCAGCAGCAGCAGCAGCACCAGCAUCACUCUCAGAUUGGCCUUGGGAUGAUCCUCUCUGGAAUGUCCCAGGAUCCAAACUCACUCUCUGCUCUAAAAUCCCACCAGGCCGCAGUUCAGGUCAUGAGCUCUCAUCACGCUGGGCCAGUCCCCUCAGCCAAUCAGACCAUGAGCUUUCCAGGGAUGAGUCACUUUGGGGCUCCAACCGGCUUCCCAGCUGCUCAGGAUAGGCUACCCACAGACUUGGACAUAGACAUGUUCACAGAGAACCUGGAUUGUGACGUGGACUACAUUAUUAAGAGCGACCUGAUGGAUGGAGACGCCAUUGACUUCAACUUUGACCCCAUCCUGCCUGGGGGCCAAGGCUACACGGGGCCGACCACUACGCAAGGCUCAGCUCACAACUGGGUGCCCAGCUAAUCCUGCGGCUGAACAUGCUAACGUUGCCAGGAACUGACCUCCGUUCCACAUAACCUCACUAAAACAGCAGAACAACUGGUUCGUUCCUCCUCCCUGCCGCCUGAACCCUCUCUCUCUUUUUUUUUUCCCUUAAGAACUUCAAAAACGGCGAAUCUAGGCCUGACCGACGUCAUGUGCCAAGACGUGCAGAGAACAGGGAGCAGUUUCAGACUACGGUGCACAGAGGAUUUUUUUUCUUGAAACUUGGCAACAGUUUGGCUUCUGGCCAUGUUUUUUCUUAAGAACCUGAAGUGAUGAUUUUUUUUUCUUUUGCAAAAGAUGUGGGAUUAUAUAUGAGAAAAAUUUGCAGUGUAAAGACAAAUCAUUGCCUCUGCUGUGCACGGAGGUCGCAUUUCAUGUCAUGUUACACCAGCUGUAGAGAUGGUACUUCCAGAUCAAGCUGGCGCUGGUUUUUUUAACACUUUUUUUUUCCUCAUGUUUUUUUUUUUGGAGAAAUGGCCAGUUUUGCACCAGCGCUCGCUCAAGACGAUUCAUCAGCCCAGAUCCUGUGCAACCGACUGAAAGAGGUGCACAUGAUCCAGCUGCACAGACUCCAGGAACUUUUUAAAGGCUCAGAGUGUUGUGAUGAGAAAGACUAAGGACUGGAUGAGCUGUGGUGUUAGCGUGGCUUUACAUCUCGCCCAGCGUUCCCUUUAAACUCCAUUUCAGUUUGGCAUUUUUGAUAAGUGUGUUAUAGUAGAAAGCAGAGGGUGUUUUUGUUUUUCCCUUGAAUCCCUGAUGUGCCGUUGAACUAACACAACGAAGAAAUCCAAUAUGCGUUCUGAAAUAUGGGGCAUUUCAGAGGUAAGAAGCGAGCAACCAGAAUGCCUCCAUUGUCUAAAUCGUCUACCCUAUCAUUGUUUAGGGUCUUCUUCCUUGUUUUCUCCUUGAGUCUGUGCAUUCUUAAAAGCACUUAGGUUUCCUGCUACACAGGGACCCCAAACUAAAAAAAAGACACGUGAGUGUAUAUCAUUUCAACAAAUAAUAAUAAUAAUAAGAGUAUAUAAUUGUUUAAAAGAGACAAUGUAAUAAACAUGUUGCACCUGUACUUGACGGCACGCUAUGCAGACCUAUCAGGAGAGGAAAACAAAACCUUGAAGGAAAUCGAAGGCUUUUGCUGUUUAACACCUUUCCUGAUAUGGUGCCUUGUAAAAGUAUUCAUUCCCUUUAAACUUUUUAAAAAACUUUUGUUCAUGUAAGUAUAACAAAAUCCAUUUUAUUCUAUUGGGAUUUUAUGUAAAAGAUCAACACGUCAUUUGGAAAUGGAAGGUUAAUGA